AUUGCAAAAGAUAAGAGGGUGAUCAGUCGUAAGAAUAAGGUAUAGAAGCAUAAGAAUAUACUUCUCCCUUUUUAUUAGUUUUACUAGUCUCACGGUUCUUUCAAUUACUACCUGUCUAUCCUACAAACUCUACAAUGCAUACAAUAUCGUUGUAUAAUUUACAUACAUAUAAUACGUACAUGUUGCUCUACAGAAAUUAUUUUGAGAAACAAUUUUUUACAGACAAUGACUAACUAAUAAUACGAGACUUGUUCUUUGUCUAAGACAGGUAUCUUCUUAGUAUCAUUUUAUUAGCAAGAACUGAUACGCCAAAUUUCAAAUAUUUUGCAAUUUUAAAAUUGUGCUUCAAUUUGCAUAGUAAAAAUUAUUGCAUACGUAAUAUUAAAAAAAAAAACAAUAAAGUUUAUUAUUCGUGAUACAGUUUUCAAGCACGUGGGAAGCAGAUGCUAAGUCAUGCUGGCGCAUAUUCAACGGGAGUACAGUAUCAAUAAAAUAUUUUUAUCGUGCAUAGGUAUCUGGCCACUUCAAAGUAAACUUGCAAAAAGUCUGAUACCGAUUUGCUGCUUCGCGUAUGAAAUAAGUUAUUACCCGUUAGAGGUAACAAUUAUCGGUUAAAUGUCUAUAAAUGUCCGAUUAGCAUUUAAGGUGUAGUGUUAUUCUAAAUACAAUUUUUUAUUACAUAACGUAUUUUAUGGAUCGCUGUUGUACGAACAUUAUAUUCAGAUAUUAAUGUUAUAUGAUCAUUGGAAUGAUGCGCGAAUAGUCUUCGAUUGCUCUUUUCAACUUGUCUUGUUGACGACCUUUAUUGCAAAACUAAUGAACGAGUUCUUGAAUCAUGAUAAGGCAAGUUUAGAUAUAAUCUUGUCUUCUCUGUUUCCCAAAUGUUAUUUUAAUAAGAUCCUUUUUUUAUUCGUCCUUAAUUAUUUUUAUAAUUGUUACAACGGCCAGAUUCUGCGUUUAUUCGAGACCAUGGAUAAUCAUUGGAAUGUAUUUACGAGUAAAUCGGAACUUCGAAUUCUUAAAGAUUAUACCAACAUAUCGAGAAAAUUUACAAUAUUUUAUUCGAUAAUAAUGUACUCAAUGUUAACGAUAUUUUUACUAAUUCCAUUAACACCGAUUUUUCUUGACAUUAUACGGCCUCUUAAUAAAUCACGUCCACGACUUUUCGCAGUAGUUGUAGAAUUGAGGAUAGAUCAAGAAAAGUAUUACGCACCAAUUUUCUGUUAUAAUAUCGGUAUAAUAGUGUUGGGUGCAAUUAUCAUGGUUGCCGUCGAUACUACGUUUGUCGUUUACACUGCUCAUGCUUGUAGUUUAUUCUCUAUCAUAAGUCAACAGUUUGAGGAGAUACUACCAAAGUUAAAUAUCAUGAAGCGAGAUAACAAACGUUAUUUGAACGAGGACUUUAAAUUGUUGAGCGAAAAAGAAAUAUAUCAGCAGUACAUAAUAUGCUUAAAAAAAUAUCAGCUUGCUUUAGAGUAAGCUUUUCUGAAUAUUUUUUUACAGUCUUUGUUUUAUACACAAGAUUAAUCUAUAUUUAUAAUAAAGUAUUUGUACUCACAUUAUUUACUUAUAAUAAUAAAAUAUUUAUUAUAACUUUUGUCUUAUAGAUUUGUCAGUAUAUUGAAUUCAACAUAUCAAGUCGUUGCAUUAUUCCUACUAUUAUUGAAUGGUGUAACUAUAAGUCUAGUUGGAAUUCGAGUAAGUAUGACAUAAUUAACAAUUUACUGAAGAGAGAAAAAAGUUUGUGAUUAUGGAACAGUAGGGAAUAUGAAAUACUAUCAAAAAAUAUCCUAAAAAUAAUUAUUUCUAAAAAAAUAAAAAAUUAACGCUCUUUGGUAGAUUCUACACAUUGGCAUUAUAAAAGUAUUAGUAUUUUAUACAUAGAGUCAUAGAAAAGUAUUAAAAGUAUAUAUUAAAAAAAUCUUUGACUCUUGCGUAUUGUAGAAAUAUUAUAAAAAUA